AUGUACAUGAAACAAAUUUCCAUGCCAAGAGUCAAGAAAAUGAGUCUCGAUUCCAACGAGUCAUUCGAUGACUCCGGAAGACAAUUUCUCGUGCGCUUGUUUGAAGACAAAAAAUUAGGCGUUACUCAUGCCAUACGACAGAGGCUAGGGUUUGACGAUAGUCGUCUUUGGAAAAGGUUUCUGGCCCGCCGAUUGGAGCUUAUUGAUACGUUGGAUCUCAGCUCCAAGAAGGCCAGUGAUCAAGAAGACGAGAUUAGAAGGGUGGCAGAAGUCCUUCGCAUAGAGUUUCGAUAUGAUUCCCAGUAUUUUACUGACUUUGAUAAGUUGGUGAGAGCAGCUGUGCAAAGUGUAAGGAGAAACAGAAAACGUGGAACCAAAACUGGCCGGGCAAAUCUGAAACGUCGACACUUGGAUAGCGAGUCACAGUCAGAGUCUUCCAGCACAUACACACCGAGUGGGCCAAGCUCCGUAAAUCCCGAGAAAAAUCUGUUUCUCUCAGAGAUAUCCAAUCUAAACACCGAUGGAUCCGACUCUCUCUAUGACAUGAGCUAUUCUACUUCCAGAGUUAUUAGUAGCCUGGAUCGAGCACGCGCUGCCAUUGACUCGAUCAUCAGACCAACUAAUAUAGAGCGGAAAAUGUCACAAAGUGGAAUCCAGCUCCCACCACUCCUGAACGUCGCUCUGGCUCCACAUCAACUCGAUAACGAAAAGGCACUUCUGACGUUGAGAUUAUCGCUCCUUUGGUUAAUGAAAAGAUCCAAGCUGUGUCUUAGCCUGGCUUCUCUGCAUAAAAACGAGUCGCUUAAAAUCAUUGGCCAGUCUUCAAUUACAACAGUCAACGCUCUAAUGCUAGAGAGUUCAUUUUCGGGACUCACCCACACAUCUGUUGAGUAUUUGCGAGAUCGCCUUUCCCUGGCAGGGUUUCAGGCACGGUUCUACCGCAGUCUUGAGCCAGAAUGUCCUAUUUCAGGUGCCUUAGAUGACGAGACUGCGGUUUCCACCCUAGAAACUCUAGUUGGGUGCUGUGUCAAAGACUUUGGGUUUGAUUCAGUAUUAUACCUAAUCGGAGAAGCAUUCUACUUUCUAAUAUUGCUCGAAUAUCCACUAGUUCUGCGCUCUUCUGUUCACUUCCGGCGUGUGACAGACAUUCCUCAGGCCCCUGGAGUGUUCCACAGAGAUUUCGCAAAAGAUCAGCCUGUUUCUUUAAGUAAUUUGGCUGCAGUGGCGUCAGAACUUCGCAGUCAAGCUGUCUCCACCUCCCCUUCUACUGAUACACACCUGACUACUACCCCGGUAGCCCCUUUGACCCAAGAUAAGAAAGAGAAAUAUUUAGAGGUUCUUCCUUUGCCAUCAAACCCAGAGAAAGAACGAAAGCAAGUCAAACUCAAGUUUUUGUCAUCGUCUUUGAACUUCAUGUUUUCUAUUAAAAACUCCGCGCCUCCCAGGUUUGUUGAGAUAGUCGACAACGCCAAACAAGCCUUCAGGCUCAACGAAAAUCAGAUAUAUGGCUUAAGAAACAGCAAAAGUGGGCUUGUUAUCAACACCGACCUAGAUCUAGAACAAAUAUUUGCGCACGAGCAAGAGAUUGAGCUUGAAGUAUUUACGCAGAAGUUUUCCCCUAUUCCGUUUUCGGAAAUUACAACAGCCAUCACCCCCAAUCCUAGCUCGGAAGAUCGUUCAAAGAUUGUUUUGCCUUUGCCCUUGAGACAAAAUGUGCCCCCAGUGUUGCCAUCGCCCAUAGACCGAGCCCAUCUGCCAGGAUACCCGCGCCUUCCAUUUCUACCCAAAUUCCAGCCUUUACUUUGA